AAUAGGAAGAAAGAACAAACAAAAAAGAAAAGAAGAAAGAAACCAGAUAAAACUGUCCUUAUCAUUUUCUCUUUGUCUGUGACAAGUCGUGGGAUUUUUUUGUUUUCUUCUUUUUUGUUUAGUCUGUCAUAUUCCUAGAUCGGCGGUUGUUCUUUUUUUUUCGGUGUGACAAGUGUGAUCUCGCGAGUGAUCGAAGGACGAUGCGCCGGAGCCAGUGAGCAGAAAGAUCGACUUUCUCGAUAAGAUCCGUGCCGCAGAUCACGCGGCGGGGCGGCCCCAAUGCCGGUUAGGAAGGGCCUCCUCGCCCCACAAAAUACUUUUCUCGAUACAAUCGCAACACGCUUCGAUGGAACCCAUAGCAAUUUCGUCCUCGGAAAUGCGCAGGUUCCGACGAUCUAUCCGAUCGUUUAUUGUUCUGACGGAUUUUGUGAGCUGACAGGAUUUGCGCGAGCGCAGAUCAUGCAAAAGGGUUGCGCUUGCAAGUUUCUUUACGGCUCGGAAACGAAAGAGGAGGUAAAGGCGAUGAUUGAUAAAAGUCUCGAAAGUAAAACAGAGCUGAAGAUGGAAGUCGUCUUUUAUAAGAAGAACGGAAGCCCAUUCGAUUGUUUAUUGGAUAUCGUUCCAAUAAAAAACGAAAAAGGCGAUGUAGUCCUGUUCCUGGCAUCUCACAAGGACAUCACACAUACGAAGAAUCUUCAGCUCUGUGAGUUGCACGAUAGUGAUGCAAAUGGAAAUCUUGAUCCUGAAGCGCCACCAGCUAAUUAUGGUAGAAGGAGAAGUCGUGCUGUUUUAUAUCAACUCUCUGGACAUUACAAGCAGGACAAUAAACACAAGAUAAAAUUGAACAACACCCUCUUGCAUUCCACGGCACCUCCUCUACCGGAGUAUAAAACUUCAGCGAUCAAAAAGUCGCAAUUCAUUCUAAGUCAUUACGGCGGCUUCAAGUCAUGCUGGGAUUGGUUGAUACUAUUAGCUACCUUCUACGUUGCUAUCAUCGUUCCAUACAAUGCAAGCUUCAUCAACAUCGAUAGACCGACUAUGGUCAGUGAUGUCGUCGUGGAAGCUCUUUUUAUAUUUGAUAUACUCUUGAAUUUUCGAACAACAUACGUCAGCAGAAAAGGUGAGGUCGUGAGCAACAGCAAGAGUAUCGCAUUGAACUAUGUAAAGAGUUGGUUCUUCGUUGAUCUUGUAGCAGCUCUACCUUUCGAUUUUCUCUACGCUUCGGAUGUUUACAGUGGAGAGGAAUCAGGACACGGUAAUAUUCAUCUAGUGAAAUUGACCAGAUUACUUAGACUGGCUCGUUUGUUACAAAAGAUAGACAGGUACUCGCAAUAUAGCGCUGUGAUCUUGACGAUGCUGAUGUUAUUUUUUAUUCUGGUCGCCCAUUGGCUCGCCUGUAUUUGGUUUGUUAUAGCCGAAAAGGAAAGAUUACGAAAUGACAAGGAAUGGGACCUUGGUUGGAUACAUGCUCUUGCAGAACGUUUAAAAAUUUCAGUGCAAAAUGUAACGCACACGGAAAGUUAUAUCACGGCAUUAUACUUCACCUGUAGCAGUUUGACUUCCGUGGGAUUUGGAAACGUUUCUGCGAAUACAUUUUCUGAAAAAUUUUUUUCGAUUUGUACGAUGCUAAUCGGUGCUCUGAUGCAUGCUGUCGUUUUCGGUAACGUCACGGCUAUCAUUCAAAGAAUGUAUUCGAGAAGAUCGCUCUAUCAAACGAAAUUACGAGAUUUAAAGGAUUUUUUAGUGCUUCAUCAAAUUCCAGAUGAAUUGAAGCAACGAAUGCAAGAUUACUUUCAAACGAUGUGGUCUUUAAAUCAUGGUAUCGACAUACACGAGACGCUGAAACAAUUCCCUGAAGAACUUAGAGGAGACGUUUCAAUGCACUUACACAGAGAAAUCUUAAGCUUACCAAUAUUCGAAGCUGCUUCUCAAGGUUGUCUUAAACUACUUUCUCUACAUAUUAGAAGCAAUUUCUGCGCUCCCGGCGAGUUUCUUAUUCACAAAGGGGAUGCUCUCUCUUAUAUUUAUUAUCUGUGCAAUGGUUCCAUGGAAGUUGUUCAAAACAAGAUGGUCGUUGCGAUUCUAGGAAAGGGUGAUUUAGUAGGCUGCGAUAUAAAUGUUCAUCUACAGCAUGGAAACAACGGUGGAGUAACUGGUGGUGGUGGUUCUGGAGGCUCUGAUGUCAUUGUGAAAUCCAGUUGCGACGUCAAAGCUUUGACUUAUUGCGACCUAAAGUGUAUACACAUGCAAGGCCUGGUUGAAGUUCUCCGUCUUUAUCCUGAGUAUCAGCACGAAUUUGCACACGAUAUACAGCACGAUCUAACAUACAAUUUACGGGAAGGUUACGAAGCUGAGCAGGAAUCAGACAUGAACGGUCCGUCGUUAACGUUGCCGUCGAUUAGCGAAGAUGAUGAAAAUGUACCUGAAGAAGGGGAAACGUCUCCCCUCUCGCCACCAAAUAAAUCACCACUGCAUACGUCAUCACCACGACAUGCUAAAUUUAGAGACGAGUAUAGAGAAGGUAGAAGAGGAGGAAGCAGGGGAGUUCUAAUGAAAGGAAGGGCAGCACAAAUAAUCUCUCAAGAAUCUAUGGAAGAACAUAUUCGUGGUUCCGUAGAAAGAUUGGAUACACAGGUUUCUACGUUACAUCAGGACGUCGCUACUCUAAGUUGCGAAGUAAGAAAUGCCAUUCAUGCUCUACAAAUGUUGGCUUAUUCGCCUCAAAGCAAUCCUAAUUUACCAAGACCAGUUAGCCGUGGUAGCGGAAUGUUAGCAAGAAGCUCCUCUCAUCCACCAGAUGCUAUCUGUUGGAAUCCACCAGCGAGAUUAGCUGAUGCCACUACUCAAACGGAUUGGCCAGUCGAUGUAUUUGAAGUUUGGGUUCGAGGGAAUCCCGAUCGUGUUUUAAUGAUACUAGGUCUUGAGCCUGACUUACUCAUUAGGUUGCAACCAUCAUCUCCGACACAAUCACCGUCUUCACCACCACCACCACCUUACGAACCCUUAUCCCCGUUGGCAGGUACACCACCGCAAUCACCGUCCCAAUCUCGGCAUAAAGAGAUUUGUGUCUUUGAGAGUGAUCGUGAAAAUAGGCACGUCUCUCGGACUUAUCGAAGCUCGCACACAACAACGUGGGAUUCGGAAAACAAGUUGUCUCAUCGAUUCAGCGCUGGUGACGCGGACAACGUGUCUCUCUAUCAAGCUUUUAAUGCCCUUCAUCAACUUCCGGAAUCACGCUCCUUGAAAUUCGAUCCAUUUGAUAGCUGAACAGAAAUCGAGGAGGAUGAUCGUCAAGAUCGUAGAAGAAUUUCCGACUAAAACACGUUCCAUGUUUCCGUUCGUUAUGUAUAAUGUGAUGCGUCAGGUUGCAUUUGGUUAAUGACGCGGAAAAAAAAAUCGAAUGAAAAAGAACGAAUAAAAAAAAAUUUGAAAACUCAACUUUUUAAACGCGGAACAUUCGCAACGUUCUGUCAAUUUUAUCAUCGAAUAUCGAUCCCGUCUCUGUCGUUUUUUUUUUCUUUUUUUUUCAAAGGGACAAAAAAAAUUUGAUUAAAAGAUUUUAACGCGAUCUAUAUAUUCGAUCUAUUCGAAUCUUGGUAGAUUUAUAUUAUAAGUUAGAAGAAUAAAAACAGAGAAGGAAGAAAAAGGCAAAGAAAAAACAAAACAAAACAAAAUAAAAUAAAAUAAAAUAAAAUAAAAAGAAGGAAAGAAAAGAAGCUAAAAACGAAAGGAAACGAUGUGUUUUAAAUAUUUUCUGUGAUAUAUAUAUUUUCUAUCGCUUUCGACCAGGAUUUUUCGCCUAAUUCGCUAAACCAUCGAGAGAAUACGUUGCUUCUGAAAAUUCCGAAGUUCGAAAGUAAAUAUCUCUUUCUGAUGUUUAUGAGAUACGUAUAUUGAGUGCGAAGCACGUAACGCGAAUCGUCAGUCAAAAGUCUUCUACUCUCUUCGAGUGUAAGUUCUUCGUUCAUUCGUGCCUCUAUCUUACUACUCUUCAUCUAUUUACCUAUCCAUCUCUCUCUCUCUCUCUCUCUCUCUCUCUCUCUUUUUCUCUCUCUCUGUACUUCUAUUUUCAAGAUAUCAGUGAUUCUUAGCCGAUAUCAUUGUACGUACAUACAUACAAACACAUUCAAACAUAUCGAUCGUAAAAGAUAAAUAAUAAUGACAUCCUGCAUAUCAAAUUCUAUAUAUGUAUGUAUUCCAAAAGACUAUGAACGAACGCUGUUAUAUAUGUCAUUAUGAUAUACCUUCUCCACGAAAGUGUUCUACAUUAUAUCUCAAGCGAUAAACGGGAACAAACGGUUCUUUGCGAGGUCAAUAUAUUAUAUAACCUUUACUUUUCUUGAGGGAAAGAAAAAGAAGGUAUCGUUUUUCUAAGCUAAACGAUUAGCGAAAUUAGUUUGGAUAGUUGUACGAAUGUAGGUAUACACACAUACGUUGAUACUUUUCUUUUUUAUCCGUCAAAACUUUUUUGCUUGAAUCAUUCCAUGCACGUAUUGCUGUGAUCGAUUAAACGUAGUUAGUGAGAAGAAGAAAAAGAAGUUGAUGAUAAAAAAAGAUAACGUGCGAUACACUUAGACAAAGGUCGUUAAAGAAUAUAAAAAAGGAGAAUGAGAAGGAAAAUCGAUGAUAUGGUCACGGAAAGUUUUCAUAUAUAUAAGAGGCAAAGAAAAAAAGAAAAGAAAGGAAAAGGAAAACAAAGAAAAAUGCGUAUCGGUCGUUGCCUAAUUUAACGCGUAAAUCGUAACAAACAAUUAGUCCUUUUGACGACAGUAUAAUAGUAGCGUAGCAAUAACGAGCACAAUUCUUUUCGAUGUAAACUCCUCCGACGUCCAAUUUUAGAAUAAUUAAAUAAUUCUCGAGAUGUAGAAAUCUCUUUUACUAUCGUCUCCCUUGGAGACAAUUGAUUAAUAAUGACGAAAAAAAAAAAGGAAAAAGUAAAAAGAAAAAAGAAAAAAAAAGAAAAGAAACGAAAAUUAAAAAUAUUAACGAGCACGACAUAUGUACGUCUCGAACGAAUCGUUAGAAACAUAUUAGUGUAUCAUAUGAAGUUAUAAUAUUGAUACGCAUAAUAUCUAUGAAUUUUAAAUAAAAUCUAUCGAAUAAACGUCGGUGUAAAUAAUAAAGAGA